AUGCAAAAGCAAAAGCAAAAGCAAAAGCAAAAGCAAAAGCAAAUGCAAGUGCAAGUGCAAGUGCAAGUGCAAGUGCAAAAGCAAACGCAAAGCCCAUCCCUCCACGACCCCUCGAUGUCUCUCGAUCUAUUACAAAGGGCAAACCCAGGCUUGUUUAAAAAUAUCAACAUAGACAUCUCACCCUCCGAUUUCCCUCCAUCUCAAUCUCAACUUCAAUCACAACAAUUAAACAACUUGGAUUAUUGGGAUCCAAUUCGAUAUGCUGCCAACAACUUCUCACCAUCCUCCAACAACCCCCUACCCCACAACAACCCCCUACCCCACAACAACCCCCUACCCCACAACAACCCACCAGCCCCCAACUUCUCAUCACCCGUCGAUUUGCAGAAAAAAUUAACCUCAGAAGAAAAUCUAUACUUUUUACAAAAAUCUUUAAGAUCAAAUACAAAUAUCGAUCAACAACUGUUACAAACUUUUGUAUCAGAACAUUUACAAUUAUUAGAUAAUCUCUACACUUUCCCACCUUACGAUUCAAACGUUUUGAAUUCCAAAUUACAACCCAUCAUAAAAUAUAUCGUCUCCAAUUUCAUUAAAAAUAAUAUCAAUUUCUUACCUCAAAAUAUAAAUUCAAAUCUAAAUGAUCCUCUAGAUUUUUUAAAAGAUUGUAUAGACAUUUUACUUUCAAACCGAUCCACUUCCCAUUCAAAUCCUACACUCUCACUUUCGAAAUCCACUUCCAAUGAAAUAGAUGACACUGAAACGGCUUUGAAAGAUUUACAAUUGGCUCAUGAUUUCCUUACUGAGAAAUUCAAAUUCGAAAGAAUAAAUUAUAAUAAAGAUAUUCAAAGAUUACAAUCCGCAAAUAGAGAAUUACAAGAAAAAUUGUUGAUAUAUCAUAGUGAAUUGACUGUCACAAAACAACAGAUGCAAAGUUCUUCUUCUCCCAAUGAUACUUCAUCCAUCGACAAGACAAUCUCCAUCAUUCGUAAUGAAUUCAAAAAAAUUCUUGUAGAGACUCAAAAACAAUACGAAUCAGAUUUGAAUUAUGAAAGAAAUUCAAAAUUGAAAUUACAAAACGAAAUCUUGUAUUUAAAGAAUAACUCGUGA